CCUGGGCUUCCCUCCCAGGAUGGUGGCAGAGCAACAGACGUACAUGGAUGCGGAGCUGUUCAAGAAGCUGCUGCCCCAUCAGUGCCUGGGCUCCGUCUGGUCCAAGCGCAAUAAGCCUGGCAGUGAGCACCUGGCACCCACAGUCCGGGCCACUGUCGCCCAGUUCAACGGUGUGGCCAAGUGUGUCAUCACCACCUGCCUUGGCAAUCCAAGCAUGACAGCCCGGGACAGGGCCAUGGUGGUGGAGCACUGGAUCAAGGUGGCCAAGGCCUGUCAAACCCUGAGGAACUAGUCGUCCUUACAUGCCAUUGUCUCCGCUCUGCAGAGUGUCUCAAUUCACCGCCUCGACAAGACAUGGGAGAAAGUUUCCAGGUGAGUGAGCCUCACUCCAUGGAGGGACCAGGAUGGACGAGGGAGCUCCCAGAGGCUUGUCCUCCUCCCCCUCGGGCAGCUUGGACCUUCUGGGAGGCGGCGAACCCCGACCACAGGACCUGGGCUGCUGGGUGGGUCUCUCAGCCUCCCUGGUGAAGAGGCCACCAU